AUGUCAGACAAGGAAAGCCAGAUGCUCAAUACCUCACAAAGCCAAGAACGUGCGAUUGAUGCAGGCUGUGAUGACUUGCAGGAAGACGUUGAACAUCAACAAGUCCCAGUGUCAAAGGUGUUCACAUCGGGCGAAAGGGACGAAUACGUGAUGAUUGGACGUACAAAGGUCCUCCGCUCUGAGCUUUGGAACGCUUUUGGUGGUGAUCUACAACCUGGUAUCCAUGCCCCACCACCUCGUCGGUUUGCCAAUCCUGCACCUUUGGGACUAUGUGGGUUUGCCUUGACAACGUUUGUGCUCUCCAUGUCCAACGCUCGUGCUAUGGGCAUCACUGUUGCAAACGUUGCUGUUGGCCCUGCUUUCUUCUACGGUGGUAUCAUUCAACUGCUGUCAGGAAUGUGGGAAAUUUCUCUGGAUAACACGUUUGGUGGGACCGUGCUCUCGUCGUAUGGUGGGUUUUGGCUGAGCUGGGCUGCAAUUCAGAUCGACUGGUUUGGUAUUCAGAGAGCCUAUGACGAUCCAAUUAUGCUUAACAAUGGUUUGGGAUUCUUCCUGUUAGGCUGGGUUAUCUUUACGCUGAUGGUUCUCAUCUGUACCGUCAAGUCUACUGUGGCCUUCUUUUCUCUGUUCUUCUUCCUGGAAAUGACCUUCCUACUGCUAACCAUCGGCGAAUUUACGCGUAGUGUCGGCGUUACAAGAGCAGCUGGUGUCUUUGGUGUUAUCACUUCAUUCUUAGGCUGGUACAAUGCUCUUGCUGGGUUCGCCACUAGAGAGAACAGUUACUUUGUUGCCACAGCAGUGCCUUUACCUGGUGCAAAGCGUGCUCAAGUGCACUCCUAG